AUGGAGCAGGGAUGGAGCAGGGAUGGGGCAGGGAUGGAUCAGGGAUGGAGCAGGGAUGGAGCAGGGAUGGAGCAGGGAUGGGGCAGGGAUGGAGCAGGGAUGGAGCAGGGAUGGAGCAGGGAUGGAGCAGGGAUGGGGCAGGGAUGGAGCAGGGAUGGAGCAGGGAUGGAGCAGGGAUGGGGCAGGGAUGGGGCAGGGAUGGAGCAGGGAUGGAGCAGGGAUGGAGCAGGGAUGGGGCAGGGAUGGGGCAGGGAUGGGGCAGGGAUGGGGCAGGGAUGGGGCAGGGAUGGAGCAGGGAUGGAGCAGGGAUGGGGCAGGGAUGGAGCAGGGAUGGGGCAGGGAUGGAGCAAGGAUGGAGCAGGGAUGGAGCAGGGAUGGAGCAGGGAUGGGGCAGGGAUGGAGCAGGGAUGGGGCAGGGAUGGGGCAGGGAUGGGGCAGGGAUGGGGCAGGGAUGGAGCAGGGAUGGAGCAGGGAUGGAGCAGGGAUGGGGCAGGGAUGCGGCAGGGAUGGGGCAGGGAUGGGGCAGGGAUGGGGCAGGGAUGGAGCAGGGAUGGAGCAGGGAUGGAGCAGGGAUGGGGCAGGGAUGGGGCAGGGAUGGAGCAGGGAUGGAGCAGGGAUGGAGCAGGGAUGGAGCAGGUAUGGAGCAGGGAUGGAGCAGGGAUGGAGCAGGGAUGGGGCAGGGAUGGGGCAGGGAUGGAGCAGGGAUGGAGCAGGGAUGGAGCAGGGAUGGAGCAGGGAUGGGGCAGGGAUGGAGCAGGGAUGGGGCAGGGAUGGAGCAGGGAUGGAGCAGGGAUUGAGCAGGGAUGGAGCAGGGAUGGAGCAGGGAUGGAGCAGGGAUGGGGCAGGGAUGGGGCAGGGAUGGAGCAGGGAUGGAGCAGGGAUGGAGCAUGGAUGGAGCAGGGAUGGAGCAGGGAUGGAGCAGGGAUGGGGCAGGGAUGGGGCAGGGAUGGAGCAGGGAUGGAGCAGGGAUGGAGCAGGGAUGGAGCAGGAAUGGAGCAGGGAUGGGGCAGGGAUGGGGCAGGGAUGGGGCAGGGAUGGGGCAGGGAUGGAGCAGGGAUGGAGCAGGGAUGGAGCAGGGAUGGGGCAGGGAUGGAGCAGGGAUGGAGCAGGGAUGGGGCAGGGAUGGGGCAGGGAUGGAGCAGGGAUGGAGAAGGGAUGGAGCAGGGAUGGAGCAGGGAUGGGGCAGGGACGGAGCAGGGACGGGGCAGGGAUGGGGCAGGGAUGGAGCAGGGAUGGAGCAGGGAUGGAGCAGGGAUGGAGCAGGGAUGGAGCAGGGAUGGGGCAGGGAUGGAGCAGGGAUGGAGCAGGGAUGGAGCAGGGAUGGGGCAGGGAUGGGGCAGGGAUGGAGCAGGGAUGGAGCAGGGAUGGAGCAGGGAUGGAGCAGGGAUGGGGCAGGGAUGGGGCAGGGAUGGGGCAGGGAUGGGGCAGGGAUGGGGCAGGGAUGGAGCAGGGAUGGAGCAGGGAUGGGGCAGGGAUGGAGCAGGGAUGGGGCAGGGAUGGAGCAAGGAUGGAGCAGGGAUGGAGCAGGGAUGGAGCAGGGAUGGGGCAGGGAUGGAGCAGGGAUGGGGCAGGGAUGGGGCAGGGAUGGGGCAGGGAUGGGGCAGGGAUGGAGCAGGGAUGGAGCAGGGAUGGAGCAGGGAUGGGGCAGGGAUGCGGCAGGGAUGGGGCAGGGAUGGGGCAGGGAUGGGGCAGGGAUGGAGCAGGGAUGGAGCAGGGAUGGGGCAGGGAUGGGGCAGGGAUGGAGCAGGGAUGGAGCAGGGAUGGAGCAGGGAUGGAGCAGGGAUGGAGCAGGGAUGGAGCAGGGAUGGAGCAGGGAUGGGGCAGGGAUGGGGCAGGGAUGGAGCAGGGAUGGAGCAGGGAUGGAGCAGGGAUGGAGCAGGAAUGGAGCAGGGAUGGGGCAGGGAUGGGGCAGGGAUGGGGCAGGGAUGGGGCAGGGAUGGAGCAGGGAUGGAGCAGGGAUGGAGCAGGGAUGGGGCAGGGAUGGAGCAGGGAUGGAGCAGGGAUGGGGCAGGGAUGGGGCAGGGAUGGAGAAGGGAUGGAGAAGGGAUGGAGCAGGGAUGGAGCAGGGAUGGGGCAGGGACGGAGCAGGGACGGGGCAGGGAUGGGGCAGGGAUGGAGCAGGGAUGGAGCAGGGAUGGAGCAGGAAUGGAGCAGGGAUGGAGCAGGGAUGGAGCAGGGAUGGGGCAGGGAUGGGGCAGGGAUGGAGCAGGGAUGGAGCAUAGGGCAGGGAUGGAGCAGGGAUGGAGCAGGGAUGGAGCAGGGAUGGAGCAGGGAUGGGGCAGGGAUGGGGCAGGGAUGGGGCAGGGAUGGAGCAGGGAUGGAGCAGGGAUGGAGCAGGGAUGGGGCAGGGAUGGAGCAGGGAUGGAGCAGGGAUGGGGCAGGGAUGGCGCAGGGAUGGAGCAGGGAUGGAGCAGGGAUGGAGCAGGGAUGGAGCAGGGAUGGAGCAGGGAUGGAGCAGGGAUGGGGCAGGGAUGCGGCAGGGAUGGGGCAGGGAUGGGGCAGGGAUGGAACAGGGAUGGAUCAGGGAUGGAGCAGGGAUGGGGCAGGGAUGGGGCAGGGAUGGAGCAGGGAUGGAGCAGGGAUGGAGCAGGGAUGGAGCAGGGAUGGAUCAGGGAUGGAGCAGGGAUGGAGCAGGGAUGGAGCAGGGAUGGAGCAGGGAUGGAGCAGGGAUGGAGCAGGGAUGGGGCAGGGAUGGAGCAGGGAUGGGGCAGGGAUGGAGCAGGGAUGGAGCAGGGAUUGAGCAGGGAUGGAGCAGGGAUGGAGCAGGGAUGGAGCAGGGAUGGGGCAGGGAUGGGGCAGGGAUGGAGCAGGGAUGGAGCAGGGAUGGAGCAGGGAUGGAGCAGGAAUGGAGCAGGGAUGGGGCAGGGAUGGGGCAGGGAUGGGGCAGGGAUGGGGCAGGGAUGGAGCAGGGAUGGAGCAGGGAUGGAGCAGGAAUGGGGCAGGGAUGGAGCAGGGAUGGAGCAGGGAUGGGGCAGGGAUGGGGCAGGGAUGGAGCAGGGAUGGAGAAGGGAUGGAGCAGGGAUGGAGCAGGGAUGGGGCAGGGACGGAGCAGGGACGGGGCAGGGAUGGGGCAGGGAUGGAGCAGGGAUGGAGCAGGGAUGGAGCAGGGAUGGAGCAGGGAUGGAGCAGGGAUGGAGCAGGGAUGGGGCAGGGAUGGAGCAGGGAUGGAGCAGGGAUGGAGCAGGGAUGGGGCAGGGAUGGGGCAGGGAUGGAGCAGGGAUGGAGCAGGGAUGGAGCAGGGAUGGAGCAGGGAUGGGGCAGGGAUGGGGCAGGGAUGGGGCAGGGAUGGGGCAGGGAUGGGGCAGGGAUGGAGCAGGGAUGGAGCAGGGAUGGGGCAGGGAUGGAGCAGGGAUGGGGCAGGGAUGGAGCAAGGAUGGAGCAGGGAUGGAGCAGGGAUGGAGCAGGGAUGGAGCAGGGAUGGAGCAGGGAUGGGGCAGGGAUGGGGCAGGGAUGGGGCAGGGAUGGGGCAGGGAUGGGGCAGGGAUGGAGCAGGGAUGGAGCAGGGAUGGGGCAGGGAUGCGGCAGGGAUGCGGCAGGGAUGGGGCAGGGAUGGGGCAGGGAUGGGGCAGGGAUGGAGCAGGGAUGGAGCAGGGAUGGGGCAGGGAUGGGGCAGGGAUGGAGCAGGGAUGGAGCAGGGAUGGAGCAGGGAUGGAGCAGGGAUGGAGCAGGGAUGGAGCAGGGAUGGGGCAGGGAUGGGGCAGGGAUGGAGCAGGGAUGGAGCAGGGAUGGAGCAGGGAUGGAGCAGGAAUGGAGCAGGGAUGGGGCAGGGAUGGGGCAGGGAUGGGGCAGGGAUGGGGCAGGGAUGGAGCAGGGAUGGAGCAGGGAUGGAGCAGGGAUGGGGCAGGGAUGGAGCAGGGAUGGAGCAGGGAUGGGGCAGGGAUGGGGCAGGGAUGGAGAAGGGAUGGAGAAGGGAUGGAGCAGGGAUGGAGCAGGGAUGGGGCAGGGACGGAGCAGGGACGGGGCAGGGAUGGGGCAGGGAUGGAGCAGGGAUGGAGCAGGGAUGGAGCAGGAAUGGAGCAGGGAUGGAGCAGGGAUGGAGCAGGGAUGGGGCAGGGAUGGGGCAGGGAUGGAGCAGGGAUGGAGCAUAGGGCAGGGAUGGAGCAGGGAUGGAGCAGGGAUGGAGCAGGGAUGGAGCAGGGAUGGGGCAGGGAUGGGGCAGGGAUGGGGCAGGGAUGGAGCAGGGAUGGAGCAGGGAUGGAGCAGGGAUGGGGCAGGGAUGGAGCAGGGAUGGAGCAGGGAUGGGGCAGGGAUGGCGCAGGGAUGGAGCAGGGAUGGAGCAGGGAUGGAGCAGGGAUGGAGCAGGGAUGGAGCAGGGAUGGAGCAGGGAUGGGGCAGGGAUGCGGCAGGGAUGGGGCAGGGAUGGGGCAGGGAUGGAACAGGGAUGGAUCAGGGAUGGAGCAGGGAUGGGGCAGGGAUGGGGCAGGGAUGGAGCAGGGAUGGAGCAGGGAUGGAGCAGGGAUGGAGCAGGGAUGGAUCAGGGAUGGAGCAGGGAUGGAGCAGGGAUGGAGCAGGGAUGGAGCAGGGAUGGAGCAGGGAUGGAGCAGGGAUGGGGCAGGGAUGGAGCAGGGAUGGGGCAGGGAUGGAGCAGGGAUGGAGCAGGGAUGGAGAAGGGAUGGAGCAGGGAUGGGGCAGGGAUGGAGCAGGGAUGGGGCAGGGAUGGAGCAGGGAUGGAGCAGGGAUGGAGCAGGGAUGGAGCAGGGAUGGGGCAGGGAUGGGGCAGGGAUGGAGCAGGGAUGGAGCAGGGAUGGAGCAGGGAUGGAGCAGGAAUGGGGCAGGGAUGGGGCAGGGAUGGGGCAGGGAUGGGGCAGGGAUGGAGCAGGGAUGGAGCAGGGGGAUGGAGCAGGGAUGGAGCAGGGAUGGAGCAGGGAUGGGGCAGGGAUGGGGCAGGGAUGGAGCAGGGAUGGAGCAGGGAUGGAGCAGGGAUGGAGCAGGGAUGAAGCAGGGAUGGAGCAGGGAUGGAGCAGGGAUGGAGCAGGGAUGGGGCAGGGAUGGAGCAGGGAUGGAGCAGGGAUGGAGCAGGGAUGGGGCAGGGAUGGAGCAGGGAUGGGGCAGGGAUGGAGCAGGGAUGGGGCAGGGAUGGAGCAGGGAUGGAGCAGGGAUGGAGCAGGGAUGGAGCAGGGAUGGGGCAGGGAUGGGGCAGGGAUGGAGCAGGGAUGGGGCAGGGAUGGGGCAGGGAUGGAGCAGGGAUGGAGCAGGGAUGGAGCAGGGAUGGAGCAGGGAUGGGGCAGGGAUGGGGCAGGGAUGGAGCAGGGACGGGGCAGGGAUGGGGCAGGGAUGGAGCAGGGAUGGAGCAGGGAUGGAGCAGGGAUGGAGCAGGGAUGGAGCAGGGAUGGAGCAGGGAUGUGGCGGCACUCACAGGUCUAUGAGGCUGGGCAAUGCAAGGUGUGGUGGGAUGCGACCGUCAAAGGCAUUGUAGCUUAG